AUGGAGACACCUCUCCCCUUCGGAUGGAAACCCCUAAACAUCGACAGGUAUGACGGGUCCACCAAUCCUGACAAACACAUAGAUCUUUACAUCACCCAACUAAACCUCUACACCAACGAUGACGCCAUCCUGUGUCGGGUCUUCCCGGCCUCACUGAAAGGAUCGGCACUCGCCUGGUAUACCCAACUACCGCCAGGGUCGAUCAACAACUUUGACACCUUGGUCAGGCGAUUCAUGGCACAGUAUGCAACAAGCCGACCCCACCACAUCACCUCGAUUGCCUUAGCCAACCUUAGGCAAGGCGAUGACGAGCCACUGCACAAAUUCGUGGAGAGAUUUUCCAACAUCGCCAUCAAGAUCCACAACCUGAACCCUGUGGUCGCCCUACACGCCAUGCUCAUGGCGCUCAAGCCGGGUCCCUUUGUCGACAGCCUUUGUCAGUGA